UGCACUUCAGACAACAUCUUCACAUACAGGGAUAGCCAUGGAGCUGCCGGAACUUGAGCCGCUGGACGAUGCGCCGCCCGCGCUGGAAGCGCCUGCUCUGCCUAUGAUCCCCGUAACAAUUUUGUCUGGUUUCUUGGGUGCAGGCAAGACGACGCUGCUCAGAUUCAUCCUAUCCGCAUCUCACGGCAAGCGCAUUGCUGUGAUUGAGAAUGAGUUUGGUGAGGAGAUCGGCGUCGAGAGUCUCGUAGCUAAAGAUGGCGCGGGUGGCGACGUGAUGGACGGAUUCUACGAGCUCAGCAAUGGCUGCGUGUGCUGCUCAGUGCGCGACGACCUGGUGAAUACGCUGGAGAAGCUACUGGAACGUCGAGAUCGUUUCGAUUACAUCGUGGUGGAGACCACGGGCAUGGCAGACCCUGGUAAAGUGGCCAGCGUCUUCUGGGUGGACGACGAGCUUGAAGGACGAAUCUUCCUGGACGGGAUCGUCACUCUCGUGGACUCCCCACGCCUCAACUUCCAUCUGAAUCAUCCAGACACACAGCGAGAGGCGGCAGCUCAACUGGCCUACGCAGACCGGAUCCUGCUGAACAAGGGCGACCUCGUGCCCGACAAGGAGCAGAGACUGGAGAUCGAGCAAACGGUGACACAAGUCAACGGCAUGGCCAGCGUCCGAUGGACCGAGAGAUCCAGAGUCAACCUGGACGACAUUCUCAACAUUAAGAGCUUCACGACCAGUAGAGCCGAGCAGGUGGAGAAGGAGUUGAACACAUUGUUAGCUGAAGGUAAAGAGGAGGGCCAUGACCACGAUAACUGCAACGACGAAAGCCAUGACCAUGCGACCCACACAGGAGGCAUGCAGACCACGUGCGUGAGGAUUCGAGAUGGACCCCUGGACCAGGAAAAACUCGAGAGGUGGCUAGGAGAACUUUUGUGGGAGCAGGAUGAAGAUGUAGACGCGGAGAUUAAGCCAGGCUCUGAAGCUGCCACGCGCCAGAAACUGUUCCGCGUCAAGGGCGUGGUGGCGAUUGCGGGCGAGACCAACAAGUUCAUUCUGCAGGCUGUGCACGAGUUGUUCGAAGUGUAUGCGUCAGAAGAACGCUGGACGGAAGACGAGCUCAACAGCAAAGACAGCCGCGUAACGCAGGUGGUUUUCAUCGGUCUUCAUCUGCGUAAGGGCGAGCUGGAGGUGGGUCUGAGGAGCUGUGUCGUCACCGAUAACUAGGUGCUGGUGAGUAGACUUUUCAUUAUUCCAAUCAAUAUCUUGCUCUGCAGACUCGAUUGCAAGUCUUGUUCCAGGUAACCUAGACUUGCAAGACCUCACCAUGAUCGGCAAUGGGCAAGGUACAAACGGCCUAGCACGAUCAAUCGCUGUCUAAAGUGGUCUGGGAUCUCUACCAUUCGGAGAUCGACCACAGUAAAAGUACCACACAAUGCCAGUAUCAACAAGACGCUCUCGACCGCGGCGGUGCGACCACGACGACCGAAAUGUCGUUCCCUCCACUCUGCACUUUCUUCUGCUGUUGCUGCUGCUUCUUCAUCUGCAUCAUACGUUCUCGAAUACUCGACUUGGCGUGGCCAGGCUUCGCAGCCUUGCGGAUCUCUGAAGCCUUCAGGACGUCUAGUUGCGCACUGCCGCUCAGUUUUUCCUUGACCAGCGCCAGAAACUCGUCGUUCUGUCAUCAAAAAUCCACAAAUUGACCCAUUAGAACUCAAGCUAGAAACCCUAGACAGUUAAGAGACUACGCUACCCCAA